AUUUGGUCCAAGAUUGAAUAAAUAAGCGCUUCCGAUGUUAUAUUUUCUUCACCAGAUUUGAAAGAAGCAUAUUACCACAUUUUCAUGUCCUUAAGAUGACCGCCUUCAACUUUUCUUUGGUUUUAUGUUUUUUACUGGCAACAAUACCAGGACUUCCAAAUUAUCCUAUCCCCGAUCCGAAUACCUGUAGAAACUAUCGAGGAUUUCAACUUUAUCGCAACAAGAAUGUACAAAUGUGUUUGAAUUUUGCAGAACUUAACCCUGAUUUUGAUACUUAUAUCAGCGCUGAUAGAAAAUGCCUUGAUGCGUUGAAUGCAUGGCCAAAACCAAACCCUGAAAAUUGUAGAACCAACCCUGGAUAUCAACUUUACCGCAACAAAAAUGUACAAAUGUGUUUGAAGUUUUACGUAUUUAACUCGCCAGUUCCAUAUAGACAAGGGAUGGACCGUUGUGACGAUCAAUCAGCAAUAGUAGGCGUUUUCAAUACAAUGGAAAAACUUGAAAUUCUGCAACGACAAACAAGAUGUGUUUGGGUAAAUUUUAGAAUAGGUGCUCUUUAUUCAACUGUACUUGUGUGGGCGCCUAUUGAUUUUGAAGAAAUUUACACUUACGACAAACACGGGAAACUAUUUAGAAAAGACUAUGAAUGGGAUUCUACUGCUUAUAAAAUCUGGAAGAGAUGGGUUUAUUACCCUGGUAAUAUAUGUGGUAUCUACCAUCCAAAAUACAAACGGUUAGUUGUUGAUGAUUGUCAAGCUCCAGACAAAUUUCUUCAAGACUGUGGCUACAAUGUUGUCUGUGAGCUUAUGCAAUUUACCAGAGAAGAUCUUUAAAUUAUCAUCAACUAUACACAUUAAAUUACAAAGCUUUCCUUGCUCUUGCUUCCAAAACUACAAUUUAAAAGAAUGAUGAAAUGACUUGUCCUUGUUUAUCUUUAUUGCAUUUGUUUUAACUUUUAAUCAUACUAAUAAAAAUAUAUAUUGAGAUUA